CUUGUAUUGCGGUUGGUGGACAGACUGGUCCUGCCAGAUGAGGAAGUGAAUUGAAAGGCGGCUGAAUAACACCGUCAAAAAUACCCGGGAGCCAUGAAGUUUCGAUUGCACUUCGUGGUGGACCCCACGGGCUGGCUGUGCGUAAGCGCGGUAUUUGCGAUCUGGCUCUACAACACCCUCUUUGUACCAAAACUGAUUCUGCUUCCGCAUUAUAAUGAAGGACACAUCUGCUGGGUUACAGUUGCCGGUUAUUACAUAGCAUCAGCACUAUGCAUAGUGGCACUUUUCAGAGCUUCCACAGCAGAUCCCGGCCGUCUUCCCGUGGACCCUCACAUACCUCACUCUGAGAGAGAGCAUUGGGAGUUGUGCAACAAGUGCAACUUAAUGAGACCUAAGAGGUCCCACCACUGCAGUCGCUGUGGCCACUGUGUGCGCAGAAUGGACCACCACUGUCCUUGGAUCAAUAACUGCGUGGGAGAAGACAACCACUGGCUCUUCCUGCAGCUCUGUUUCUACACUCAGGUGCUCAGUUUGUUCACUCUUGCGCUGGACUUCUGUCAGUACUACUACUUCCAGCCACUGACGCUACUCGAUCAGGCCAAGUUUACAACUCGCCAUGAACUGGCUCUGCUGCGGAUUUCAGCGGUCAUGGGAGUGAUCAUGUUCGGUGGCAUGAGCAGUUUGUUUUACACUCAAUUGACGGGCAUCCUGUCUGACACGACAACCAUUGAAAAAAUGGCCUUGUUCUCAAAUGAAAUAUACGGCUCAAAGAGAUCAUGGCAGUGGGCUUUGGCUGAAGUGUGCGGCACCCGCUGGAAACUCCUGUGGUUCAUCCCGCUACGUAGCAGACAGUCGCUCCAAGUCGGCCAGCAGUUUCGCACCCAUGUGUAGCUGAGCUGUAGCGGUCAGCGCUGUACAUACACCUGCUCGCCUUCACCGUCCUCUUCUGUGCUGCAGCAUCCCUCGUUUGUCAGUGGACACCCAAACGGUUUCUCUCAGCAAAACCGAGACUGGCACUAAAAAAGCUCAAGACCUAUUGGGAAUGAUAUGAUUUAUUUUAAACUCACUGUGAUUGCUACUUUUAGCAUCUGGGAAGCACGUUUCGUGGCUAAUUGCGUCAGACGGAUGGAAGUCUUCACCUCAUUCAAAAGCAGCUACUGAAAUGGACCCCUCUCAGGUUUCUUUAAUAAAGAGCUUUUACUACUGACCUUUAAACCGCUACAGACAGAACAAGGAUCAUGUUGGUGUGUCGAAUAGAAAGGCAUUUUUUGUGUGUUUUGUAUGAAGUUUGUUGCCUUCUUUCUUUUAAAUGUUGCUGUUUUUAUUUGUUAAGCAGCUGCUUUUUUUGUUAUAUGUUGUCUGGUUAAUUUUAACAUUGUCAAAGGGAAGUUGAAUGUGGACAUACCUGUUGUUUAGGGGCGGGGUCAGGCACCCCCUAAUAGGCAGGUCCCCAUUGUGGUCUACAACGCAGUCAGUCUUUUAGCGUUGGGUAUCUUCCCGUCAGAGUCCAAUAUGACCAUUUUUGUCUACAUGAGUAGUGUAGGUGUUCGAUGUCAAGACUUGCCCACAAUUAUGGCUCAAACCCAGCAACCCUUCGUUUAUUGAACAGCCCACUUGUGUAAAUUGCAGCUGCAGUACUUUAAUUAGGGAAAGAUGAAAAUACAAAUGCUAUUGCCUACUGAGGUGGCUUGCUAUUUGUAAUCAAUGGAGUCAACAAAGCAUUGGCAAUCGAUUGGGUCUUACGAAGCCACCAUCUGAUCCUGUGUUCUCUGGUCCAAUUGCCCCAACUGAUCCUGGUCUUGAUCCUCUGCACUGGCUUUAGACACCCCAAUCUGUUAUCUCUGAUAAUCAUUUGAUGAUCAAUGAAUGUUUAAUUGUUUUUGUUACUAUUCCUAUUUUUGCACUGCUCUAUGAAAAUCAAAUCUGCAGAGUUUUAUGAAAACUUAGUCGAAUGUUUGCGGAUGAUACCUUUAUGACUUUGCCAUCUAAUAGAAAUUAAAAUGAUCAGUUGGGCUGUACAUGCAGCUUUUUGAUCAAAUUAUUUUCAUUCAAACAUUACAGUUACCACAACUUGUAGAUGAAGGUUGUUAGUCAUCCAGAUAGAUGAUGGCAAGACGUUUACAACAGCUAGCCUUUUGUUGGUCUUAAGUGACUUCUUCAGUUCUUGAAGGUGUCUAAAGAAGAACUAAAGAAGUCACUUGGAUGAGUGAAGAAACAUCUUGAAGCCCAUCAAGAAGUCCAGUUGCUGGAGAAUAAAUUUCAAGCUACUCUAUCCUCUUGUAAGGUCUAUAUACAACUUUAGCAGUAAUACAGAAUAUUGAGUGUCACUUUACAAUUUAUGUUUAGUCGAUUCUGACAACAUUUUAUGUCCUUAAUAAUAUGGUGUUAAGAUCUCUUCUAUGAAAUUUUGUGCUUCCACUGUCUUUAGUUAGGUCGCGAUUCAUGAACAAAUGGCUUGUAACAUUGUGAAUAAUGGUGAACUUGAAAUUAUUUUGUUUUGUUUGUUUUUAUCGAAUUACUUGAUCAGAUCUCAACAUGAUUGUCAUUUUGGUUUGCUGAACCAAUAUGUCAGCAACUCCAGUUGGGAAUAUCACAAUAUCCAAGUAGAUGUAAGUGCCUAAGGAUUUUUUUUUUUUUUUUUUUUUUUUCGGUCUCGCAAUAUUCAUUUUAAUACUAGCCAAAGAAUCAAAAAUGUUGCAAUAAUUUUUUAAAUCUUUGUUUCACCCCUUUAAAUUUGUACUUUAUCAAACCAGAUUGGUCGCAUUUACACACUGAUUUGGUAUUGGAGGACUUCAUUAGCACAAAAUCUCUUUCAACCAAGUAAAUAUUUGUUGAACUUGAUAUUUUUAUUGUUAUCUGGAGUGUAAGUUGCACCUUUUUCUGUAUUACCAGCUCAUUAAUUUGGGAUUUCUGUGCAUUGUGUACUUGUCAUUGUUGGUAUUUCUUCAUUUAUUAUUGGGGUUUAUUUUGUUUAGUGCUUUGAUUCCUACGCAAGACCUGUUUAAAUAGUGACUGUAAUUAUCAUCAAUAACAAAUUCAGUUCUUUUAAUAUAAGUAGCAGGGCCUCCCAAAUGCUUAAAAAACAAAAAAAAAAAACUGCGACUUACACUCUGGAAAAUACAGGUAAUUGAUAUGUUUGGGGUUUUUUUUAUAAGCUUGCUAAAAUUCAUAGGUGGGCACGAGUAAUAUUGCUCAUUUGAUUUUAUAACUGGUUAAGGUUUCUUGAUGGUCCUUUAUAUGAUAUGUUUUGUGUCAUGAUUAAUGAUAUAUCCCGAUGUCACUGGCACAAAAAGAUGGAUUACAGUUAAGUUGCAUUCACAAUCUGCAUUUAUAAAAGCAGUAAUCAUUGUACAUCAUGCAACCAUUAUGUUUCAGCAUAGUUCAAAUCAGAUAUGUUUCGUAGAGAAUAUAAACCCCGGAUGUUUGCAUUUCAUCCAUUUCUUGCUAUGGAUAUGACUGGAGUAAACACUUGGAAGAACCUCAGUAACUUCAGCCAGACAUGAUACUCCUAUAUUUGCUUUUUUCACCAUAUGUUCUCUUUUAGCAUUUAAUCAAGAGUUGAACAAAAGCUGUGCGCACUUCUUUACAGCAAUUUUUGUGUCUGUUUUGAUCUUUUAUUUAUAUAUAUAUAUCCCUUGUGCCACCUCAGUUGUGCUUUUGGUACACAUUCAAAUGGGACUAUAAGUUUAGUUUAACUUUUACAUUGAAAUAUCAUGCACUGGAACAUUUGUGAAAUAAAGUAAUGUUGUACUAAAUAGGUUAGCUAAUUUAUUUCUGUUAAGGAAGUGCAUUACAUAUAUCGCUUCUUGAACACAUAAAAUUGUAUUUGUUGUGACCAUAGAGGUUAUAGUUGCAGAUAUUCAUAUUCUAAUAAAGUGUAUUCUGGAAAAGACUGGG